AUGGAUUCCGAUCACUUUCAGCAGAAUUCUCAACAUCACGAUUUGCCUUGGGACUUUCAAACUUCGGAGAAUAUUGGGACGACAGCACAAUCACAAGCUGAUGCUAUAUUUCCAUCAUUUGACGGUCUACCUCGAAUCAUUCAAGAUCAGUACUUCAUGGCUAGUUCAUCAUCAUCUCCUAUGCCCAACAAUGACUGCAACCUUACAACGCCCCAAAUGCCGGCCCCUCAAAAUCUAAAUUCUUGGGGUCAUCAGGCGCCAUUAGCUCCUGGAUUUAGAGACGAUGGAAAUGGUUAUUCUUACGAUUGUCCAACUGAUCUCUCCGGUCUUGAACAAGAACAUUCUCUCAAAGCUUUCGAUAACAUCCCUCGAACUACAUGGCAACAACCUUAUGCCAACACGACUAUGAUGUUACCAGUAUAUCCUUUUGAUACUAGCGACAAUGUCGGAUCCAUGGUAUCAUCUAGGGCUGACCAUGGCGCAAGAUCUGAUGAUUGCAUCAUGAUGGAUGCAACGCACAAGCCCCUUAACUCUAAAUCCCCCUCCAGCUUAUGCUCCGAGGAAGAUGGGCAAAGCUCGCGCGAGCCUACGGCUAUGGAUGUCGAUGCUGAUAGUCAUGGCGCAGAUGAGCAACCAUACGCAAAAUUGAUUUAUCGAGCACUGAUGAGUGCGCCAGGCCAUUCUAUGGUUCUACAGGAAAUAUAUCGUUGGUUCCGAGAGAACACUACUAAAGGGAGUUCGGACACCAAAGGUUGGAUGAACAGCAUUCGUCACAACCUAUCAAUGAACGCUGCGUUCAAAAAAACGGAAAGAAAGAUUCCUGGAGAAGAAACCAAAAAGUCUACUGAGUGGGUUUUGGAAGAUUUCGCAAUCAAGAGUGGAGUUCAGUCUACAACUCGAUAUCGCAAAGGAACAGGUAGCAAGAAAUACGCCAAAGCAGAAAGCACUCCAAGUCGACACAACUACAAUGCGAUGCGAAAAUCUUCGUUUCACUCCAAUGGCAAAGGAAAGCUAUUACGUCAACGGGGGAGGGAAGAUCCAAAUCCAAGACGAAUGAUUCCAACAUCGUCCAGAUCAGAACCGGCAAGGUAUCCAGGAAGCCAACUUCACGCCUCAAACGUUAAUUCUGUAUCGAGAUCUCCACGAAGAUCACCUCCAACGCCGGCACCAGAGGGCCCUGGAAUUUACAGUCCCGUCAUCAAAGAGGAAAACUAUAAUCCUGCAUACGAUCUCUACAGGUUUGAAGAUUGCCAAGGAGUGCUCCCUGAUGAUCACGACCCACUCUUCAUGGACAAUCAAAAUCCACAGUUCAUGCAAGUUCAUCCGAUGUGCACCAAUAACCAAUACUAA